CAGCACAGAGAUGCAAAGGGCAGCAGCCGGACCUAUUUAGAGCAGAAGAGUGGGGGCUUUGCAACGGGAUCUCUUCCCUCCCCACCCCCCUGGGGCUGGGGGCACUGAGGUUUGUCUGUUAGAGAGAUACUCCAGCCCUUUGGCAGGACCGUCUCCCUGCGUGGCCGGGGAGAAAUGGUGCCUUUUGCAAGAGCAUGCCCCAGCACAACUAGGCAGGAGGACCAUGAUGCUCUCCCCAGCCCCAGGGUCUUUACGACCCUGACUGAUGUCGCUGGCAAAGAACAAGGACUGGGUGGUUACCAGUGAUCAGCAACCGCCAGCAAGAGAAAGACUUUUCUGCCUAUCCGAAGCUGUUUGAUAACAUCCAUCCAUACUCUGGCUCGUGCAGCAGUUUCAAGAUCGCUCCGACUCGACCCAGCCCGAGCUGCGGCAUGGCUUGGAAAGCAAGCAGCUUUGCAAAUGAAGAAUCAGCCACUCUGUUGGAUGUGGCUUCAGCUUGGAAGAGCUUUCACCAAGCUAAGGAUGUGCUCCAGAGAAUUGAGAACAAGUUUAGUCAUGGGGAACAGAGUUACGCCAACACUCGGCAAGCCCGGAGAAGACUAUGGCACGAAAGGAGCCCUGGUGACUUUCCAUUUACUGGAAGCCAGACCCUCCAAGACAGAUCUGUUUCCAGCGAAGGCGAGUGUAGCGGGAGCAGUCCGUGCAGCAGGGGGAAGUCCCACUCUGCGACAUGCAGCCCCGAUACAGCGGAGGUCGGAGGCGUCACCGCCGCAGCCAGGACGUGGUCUGCCCCGUGGAGUCCAUGUGCACCCAGGACUCGGGACAGUGUCAGUGACCAGGAAGAGAGAAGCCGGCGGAGCCUCAUGAGACCGAGGGGGAGUGCUCCUGGCUCCCCACCCUGGUCCCCUGCAUGUGUCCAUCAGUUCUCAGCUGGCCCAGGUGCAAUCUGGAGAGAUGCUUCUUUGGACAGGGCACGCCAGCCUGCCACACCCUCCGUCUCCCGAAGCAAGAGUCCGGCUGCUCCAGAGCUGGAGGGGCCGAGGAAAAAAUCCCAUGCUGGAAAGCUGCAGCAACUCAAAGAGAGGAUCCGGGAGCAGAGGCAGCGGCACCGGGCUCUGACCCAGGAGCAGGAGCAGCCAAGCGCUGUCUACGCCGGGGACCUGCUGCACGGACGGCCACUGAAAAGAAAGGUUCGCAAAGUGGCAGCUGCUCCCGCAGCCCCAGUCUACAGAGGGUUUAGUGCGGUGGAUCUGAAAGCUGCUCAGUUCCUGCCUGGAAAAGAGACUGAAAGAUCACAAGUGGCAAAGUUCACGGACACUGAAUGCUGGAGGGAUUACAACUACAGUCCAGCCCAGAGGGGGCCAAGUGCGACACCGAGGAAAAAGCAAGGACUGACUCCAUCCAAGUCCCCCGUCCCUAAGAAGACACGGAUAAAUAAAGGUUCCAACUUGUUUGGUGCUUUUGCAUGGCGAGAAGGUCAGAAGUUGGCAGCUAAGUUGCUUGGCCCACCUCCUAAAUUCCCGAAAAUGAGGGACGUGCCUGAAGAUGAAACUGGAGAGAAGAACUCGGAACCUGGUAACGAAUCCAUUGCCACCCUGCAAGGAGGACAGCGCUCCAGAGAAAACGCGGGCAGUGGGGGAGAUCGGGUAGGGAACAGCCCCAAAGAGAAGAGCUGCCGGGUUAUGCAGAGCGGUUCUUUUGAGACAGACGGCAGCGCUCUGGCUGGAGAGGCCAGACAAAGACGAUGGGAUCUGCGCAUGCAAAGCCAAGUUGCUAGCAAGAACCCAAGUGCAAGUCUGCAGAGAGAUGCUCAAGAAGGAAAAGCAGGAGACCCGAGACAAUACCUUGGAGUCAGUCCUCUCGUAUCCCCAGGCAGCGGCACAACUACCCCCAGCUUUCAGGAGGACAAGUCUAGGUCUUUCCUGAACUCAAGCUACAGCAGAGGGAAAGGCACAUCUCCACGGAGAACCACAGGCUCCAACUGGCCAGCACAGAGAGCAUCUGAGAAGGAAAACCUUCCCCAGCCUCUAAAGAAGAAGGUAAAUGUAGGAAGAUCCCACCCUUACAGCCCAGAAGAAGUUCACGAAUUUAUGCACAGAAAAACUGCGGAGAGGAAGAAGAGGAGCUUAGAGGAGAGGGAGUCUGUAAAGCAGGCCAGGGAGGCGAGAACGAAGAGGUUGCAAGAAGUGUACAGGAAACAACGAGAGGCGUUUGCAAGGAAACCAGGCGUCGAGGAGAGCCACGCCGGACACAGAGGAACCGCUCGGCCUGCGCCAAGUCCUCGGUCUCCGUCCAACCACGAACGGAGCAACGCUAGAAGCCUGGAAAGGACCUUUAUGGAGUGGGCAGAUACAACGUCACAUGUUUUAUUGAGAAGCGAAGAGCAAGGAAGCAGCGACUUGCGCCUGGAGACAUCACUGGCUACGGCAGCCCCGUUAGACUUUACUCCUUCGCUGGCAUCUGAAAGGGGCUUCCUCAGCCCUUUGAAACUCCAAGACCUGGAGCUCAGCCCUUCCCCGCGGCAGUGCUUGCCUCCCCAGAGCAUUUUCCUUCCGCCGCAAGCUGCAAGACGUCACCUCAAGGCCUCAGCCUCCGAGGACACUUCUGCUCUCUCUCCUUAUAGAAACAAGCAGGAGAGAGUGAAGGCCAUUCAUGCACUGGCCAGGGCCCUGGGGGCCAGGAUCGAGAUUGCAGCAGAGAGGCUGAAGGCAAUGAGCCAUCUUCCAGACUCUGAUGAUGGAGGACUGGCAUGCACAGCUCUGGGACCUCUUGGCAGGUCUCCCCCAUGCUCGUGGCACAAAACACGGGAAAAAGGUCUGGAUGGGAGAGUGAACCCACUGCUGGGUCUGGAUGACCCGCUUUCUAAUGGCUCAUGGCUUUCACCAGACCAGGAACAGGAUGGAUUGGAUUGGACUAGACAUGCAGAUAGUGCUGCGGGAGCAGAAGCCCAGGGAUGGGAGAGGGGGAUACUAGCUCCUUUGUCAGACACUCUUGCCGUUGGAAAGGAGGUGCCAUGGGCCUCUGCGAGGCAGGAACGCUUUGAUGACUGCAAGAUCCUGAGCCAUGCAUGGAAAGGUCUUGCUGAGGCCGAGAGCUAUCCAGACACAGACUUGUCACGAGGGGAACUGAUGACUUCUCCAUCUCACAGGGGCCUGGUGACAAGUCCAUGGAGAGCACCAGCGGAGCAAAGGAAUCGCUGCACAUCCGAGCUUUGGAGAGAAGAAGCCGCUACGGUACUUCCUAAACAAACUCUGGGAACUUCAACCAGUUGCUGGUCGGGACCUUGCACUUCUGCAGCCAGCAGGAUUGAGAAGGACUUGGGCAGAGGCGAGCCUGCCUGCAGAGAUGCAGAAGAGGGAUAUAGGAGCCAUCUCGAGAGCAUAAAGCAAGCGUCUCAUGUCUUGGCUCUCAAACUGCAGGCCCAUCAGUUCCAGCAGGAAAGGCAGCUGGCAGUCCUUAGUGAAAAGGCCAAGCUGGAAGCCCAAGAGAGCCAGAGGUCUUUGGACGAGCUGCUCAAGCACCAUGUAGAGGGGCUGGAUAGCACCAGUGCCGACUCUGCUGUCAGAUCAAGAUUCGAACUUGCCAAGCAAGAGCCAAGGCGGUGUCGACUUGAAGGUGAUCCCAAAAGAGAGAACGCAGCUGCAGCCAGUACGCCGGGGGGACGUUCACCAAGGCCUUCUGUGCAGAAGGCAGAGACGGAUGGCAAUACGAUGAUUACCCAACCAACCACAAAAAGAAGAGCCCCAGGGGAAGCCAACCUGGAUUCCUCCACCCACCGACCAGAGCAUGGGGACUCUUCUCAGGUACCUCCAUCCUUGAAUCCCUUGUCAGCGCCCAUAAGUCUGCCCAAGAGCAAGACACGUGCAGCAGAUGAUUCAGGAGACAGCAGCGAGCAGACAGACUCCAUCAGCCAGUGGAGCGAAGUGAGCCAGUUCUAUGGAGGCUCCAGCACCUUUUCCCAGUUUGGCUUGGCCAUGGCUGAGCAGUACCUGCGCGAAGAAGAGCUGCGAGCCCGGCACCAGGCCGCUCUCCUCCGACUGCGAGAGGAAGCCCUGCAGGAGAAAACCAGGGCUGAGUUGGCCUGGCUGGAGUAUCAGGAGUGCUGCUUGGAUAACCUGCGAGACGCUCAGGAAAUGACUGCCAUAGCUGAGAAGCAACGGGAAAUCCUGACCAAGCUAAAACAAGAGCAGGUGGAAAUCCUGCACCUCCGAAAUAUCUAUAGAGCAGCCCAUCAGGAGAGGAAGCUCUUAUUAAAGCAGCAGAGAGACAUCUUGCUGAUGCAGAAGUCGACAGCACAACUCCAGCAAGAGCUGCAUAGUUUGGCGGGGCAGCAACAGUUUAUAAACAGUCUGGCAGAUGUCAAAGAAGUAAUAAAGAAGGCUGGGAAGAUUUCCAGUCCAACGACACCCUCCACCCGGGCAGAAUCGACAGCACAGACCUCAAAAAGGCCUGGCGUGUCGGGAAACAGUUGUGCCCAGAAGAGGAAUAAACAAAGCGGGCCAUGUCAGGGCCACCAUAUUGAGAGAGAGAGAACUUCACUAGGAUACAGGAAUCGAGCUGAGGAGCCCCAGAGGUGGGAACGGACAUUUGGCGCAGAUCCCAAGGCGCCUGGAAAAGGAGUUAAGAAAUCACGCGAUGCGGUGAAUCAAACCAUAGGCCCAGUCUUAAUGGAUGAAGACCUUAAAGAUGCAGAGCCUGGUGAUAGGAGUCAGGUUUUCUUACAUCUGGAAGAUGGAGAUUCAGCUGAAAUGGAUAAAGCUACACUCAUCCCUGGGUCAGGAGGAGAUGAACGCUAUGAGUUUCUCGAAUCCAAUCCAGAGGAAAAGAAGCAUAUUUCAAAUGCAGGACUUGACCCUAAAGACAAUAAAGCUAUUAAUUCACACGACAGUGAGUUUACAAUGAAAGGUUUGGGGAUGCUUUCCACUUUGUGUAACUUAUGCCUUGCUCGAGUAGAAAAUUCUCUUCAAGAAACAGAUGUUCCAGUCAUCAAAGAAGAAAAAAAGGAUGUGUUUGCAGCACAUGAGGAAACUCCUGCCGGUGAAAGGGAGGGGUGGGCCAAGCCUUUCUGUGACAGUCUUCAUAAUCUCCUCGGCGAAGGGAAGGGUUUGAAAUCAUGUUCAGAGAGACUAGGCUCUGCUGCCUCAUCCACCAAAUCACAGGACUCGUCUCACAGCAGCAAGAGUAACAAAUCCUGCCAUUCCCUCCCGGAGUUUCGGAAAGUAUCUGCCGUUCGGAUCGACAUCUCUGAAAGCUUUGCUUCAGCAUCCGAGUUGGGAGCUGAGGAUGGACAGGACACCGAUGUCAGCAUCCCUGAGGAGUUUGCCAUGCAAGAUGAUGAGGAUGUUGAUGUGUUUUCCAACCCUUUGACCCAGAUGCGAACGGUGCUAGGUGAUGGGAACGAAUUAUUAUCUGAUGACAAAUGUGAUGAACAAGUGCUCCCUGAUGAGACUUUGCUGUUUUUUCAUGGCUCUGGGAAAUAUCUUGGAGUUGUUCCAGGUUGUGACUGUGUUCACAAAUCACAUCGCGACACCCCCUUGAACAAUGGAAAUCCACAGCCAAGCAUCUCAAAGACAGAAGAGCCAUUUCCCCUCCAGUCUGAUGACCUUGCCAUUGGGAGAUAUGGACCACAUAUGGACGCUUCAACUCCAUCGUCCCGCUCCGAAAACUGCAAUUUAAACAAGGUCUCCACUCCAGGAAAAUCUGAGCAGGGCAGAGAUUCAUUUAACUCCUUAUUGCACAGCAAUGACGUUUGGGGGGCAUGGAAGAGCUUUGGACUGCAGGGCUCCAGCUCCACAGCCAUCAGAGUGGAAAAAGAUGGCAGAGACGAUGAUUUACCUGUUGAUCAGAGUAAGACGGAGCUCUUCGGGUGCCAUGCAGUAGGUUCCUCGAAGCAUCUCAGUGAGGUUGCUGUUGGUAAGAGGGUAUCACUUCCACCUAAAGAAUUGAUGACAGAUGAUGAAAUGUCCUCACUUCCUAUAGCAUCCCCUGUAGUCUCCAGAGACUCAGCAGGUUUGGAAGGUGAAGCUACUGAUGCAGAACUUUUAUCUGACCGACCUGUAUCCGGCAACCCAACUGAAACUGCAUCUCCGCGCACCCGAGCUGUAGAGGUCCCUGUGGAAGCUGCAAUCAGACCAUCUGAUGUUGAAACAUUGCAAAGGGCGAGUGUGGAAAAUCAGAAAAGCCCAGCAACAGGAAGUCAGACCCCCAAACCCACACUGUCUUCCGUCUCCUCCAAACAGCAGUCGUCUCAAGCUAAGCGCUGUCAUCCUGAGUGCAAAGAUGAUGUGACAUUUGUCAGUGAUGAUGAGGUUCUGCCUCCAAUUGAUGAAGACACCCUGUCAGAAAUCCUCUCUCCGGUUGAUGAAGUGCUGUCCUAUGGAAGUAUUGACUUGCCAUCAUCCAAUAAAACGGAUUUCUCAUUUCAGUGUCGUGGUUUACCCGCACCUCCCAUAAUUGCGGGUGGGAUAAAAAGUGACCAUGUUAGCUUCAGCACAGAAGACUUCCCUUCCCCGCCAGAACAGCUGAUACUCUCGGAGGCUAGAGAUAAUACAGAUGCAGAUGUGUCAGUAAUACAGGAUCAGUUAUGCUCACUGCCUGAUGAAGAAGUGGGCCCACCAUCUCCAGAGUUAGGUGGUGAUGUUUCAGUUCAGGAUGGAAAAUUUUUAGGACUUUCUUGGGAUAAAGAAAAUACUUCAGAUAGAAGGGAGGGCUUACUGGAACAGGCAGGAGGAGAAAACAAGAGCGUGCUGCAGCAAUCGGGUUUAUCAUUGGUAUCCAAUCCUAUUUUGUCAAGUCAAGUCAAUAAAAGUCCUGAAUGCUUAAAGAAGCCAAGCAAACCUUUCUUAACGCUAUCCACAGCUCAAGGGGAGGCCGAUGACCCGUUAUUAUCAUUUGAAGUUGGAAACAGAGUAUUAGUAAAGUAUGCCCAGCCAGGCACUUUGAUGUUCAAAGGAUAUACUAAUUUUGAUAACGGUUAUUGGGCUGGUGUGGCACUUGACAAACCUGAAGGCGACCACGAUGGAACUUACAGAGGAGUGAAAUAUUUUGUGUGCGCUAAAGAUUGUGGUGUAUUUGUCAGACCUGACCAAAUUUCGCGUCUCUUGGAAGAUAGCGAAUGUAGUUGUGAUUACACUGGGGAUGAAGAUUCAUUCUCUGAUGGUGAUGCUCCAUCCAAAGGGGCCAGUCAUUCUGCAGACAGUGACCAAAAGAGGACAGGAUAUACGGAAGAGGAAUCGGAAGAUGUUUGCAAUACAGAAGGUCCAGCAUCAAAAGAAAACAAGUCUAGAUCGCACACGUCCUCCUCAUCAGUAAUAAAUCAUGAGUCUCUUAGCUGGAAGCACAGUGAAUUCACCCUUCCAACUUGUUCGGCAGGUUUUGAAUCUGAUAAGGAAACAACAGAACGGAUGGAAAUAGAACAGACCUUUGCAAAUGUGCUUCCAGUCAGAAAUAAGGACAGCCUCACAGGGGAAUUUGGCAUCAGCAGACAUAUUAGCUGCUUACUGCAGGAUCAAGAGAGAAAUAAACUGGCUGAUGCUAUCUCUAGUGAACUCACUACAAAACUUCUGCUUGACACUUUAAUUGCAUUCUCUGCAACAGCUGAACACAAAUAUAAAAGUGUCUGUGAAAGAAAAAUGAGAAAAGAUGGCUUUGAAAAAGUAGACAGUGGGAAAAGGUUGCUUUUUAAGAAGAAUCACACUGAUAGCUUCUCUGAACAAUCAGCCGCAGUUUCUGAUGUCUUAUUGUGCCACUUUGAUAUGCUUAACAGUCACGGCCCUUGCACAGCACAAACCAUAGUAGAAAAAAUUAUAACUAAAUUUGUAGAUGAUGCACUGAAAGAAUACAGGAAGAUUAAAAGGAAACAAGGAGCAAAAGUAGAUGAGCUAUGUCACGGAUCUGCUGAGACCGCUCAAGCCACAUUGCCGUUCCUUAUAAAAAUCCUUGAUGCUGGUGUUUUUGGAAGUGCUGAAGGCUUGGAUCAGCUCAUUUCUGUCCAACCUACCCAGGAGCUAAAACUUCAGAGACAAAACCUGUACGGAUUAGAUCAGUGGCAUUCUGCUCCUUGGAAGAAGACAGUGGAGGUUCCUCUGUUGGUCCCACAUAACAGGUCCUAUGUUAAGACACUUUCGGCACGUGCUGUAGAGGAAUUAUGGACUCCUGAAAACAUAUAUACAAACUGCAGGAGGAUCAAUGUGCCAAAGGCUUUUAAAGAUCAUGACAUCUCAGAUGAUGAUUUGGAAGCAGAAAGCAAAAGGAUAUAUAAUCAGAUUAUAUUUGAUUUGACUCAGGAGCUGUUGCAAGAAGAAUAUGCAGUAAUGGGGAAUCCAAACACUUAUCCGUGGCUGAAAGAAAACCUGGGUUCUCGUUGCUCCAGACGUCUUCAGAGGAAGCCAGAUGUCAAUGAAGUCAAGUCUAUUAUUCAGGGAGAAAUUAUAAAGAUAAUGAACUUUGAAAAAAAUGACUUGGAGAUGAAGAGGAAACUCCUUAAUAUGACAAAGUAUGGAAACUGUAAAAGGGACAGAGUGGACUUGAUUCUGAUCCAGGAACUCCACAAAGAAGAAUCUCAGUGGAUUUACUACGACGAUGAUGAAUUGACUGUGAAGAGGAGACUAAGUGACGACAUUUUUGACAGCUUGAUCCUUGAUACAGUCCGAGUUCUUAACGAGAUCUACCUGAGAAGAACUUGUGAUUAGGAGUUUUGCUUAGCAGCCUGCGAGGGCGGAGGCUUAACAUGCUCUGAUCUGAGGGCAAAAAGACCCACAACCAUGCACUGAUGAAUUUUCAUUCUGAAAGGUGCACCUAAGCGCAGGGUGCUGCUGGUCUAAGUUACAGAUUUUUAUGUGCUAUGAAAACAGAGCAAACAAGUGACUCGAGGAUGAAACAAAAUCAACUAAAAAGUUGCAGUGAUCCCAUGUGAGCUUAAAACUUAGCACUCUUCUCAGAUGGGUGCCACACAAUCUAAAUUCUCCUCUAGCGACUAAAGUUUUACUCUGGUUUUUAUUUAUCUGUACUUUGAUGGAGUCAGCACUUUACUCGCAUAUGCAUUUUUAAUAGCACAAUUGGUGUUAAAAAAUUGCCUAUUACUAGCCUAUAAAUUAUAUAUAAACAAGGUUCAAAAACAAUUUAUCUGCAAAUAACCUUAUUUUUUGUUGUUGCAUUUAGAUUGGGUACGAUGCCUUGUGAAUCGUACAUUAAAAGCUUUGCAAAAUGGAGAACAAAUAUACGUGCCUAUGUUUAUAAUAUACACUGUGCAUAUGUAAUAAUACUCGCAAGUAUUUAAGUUGUUGCCACUCCCUGAGGCUUGGGAUCAGCUUCCUUGGGAGAAGGGACUGUAUUCCUAUACUUGACCAUAGAAAACAGGUAGCACUUGCUUCCCAAGGAUGACAUCCUACCCACAAAAGAGCCACCUGCAUUACUUAAGCACUGCACAUGUGCUGUGUGUGCGCAAACUGGGUGCAGCACAGAGGUUCAGGGUACCUGCAAAUCCCUUCUAUGCUGGGUAAAGGGUCUUCAUGGUGACCCUGCAUAGACUGGUGGGAAGGCCAGUUUCACUUCAUACUUUCCACUCUUGUACCAUGAGCUUGCCCCCAGAAACCUUGGCCUUCAGUGUCCCUUCUGAUAUUUUGCUUUCCAUUUAACUUAUGCCCAACUAACUAAAGAUGGAAGAAACAUGAUGUCUGUCAUCUUCCCCUUGUUCGUUCUGCUUACGUGUGAUCUCUUGCCCCAUCCUAUGUCUGUGGUGACAGGUUCUGUCUGCUCCUCUUGUCCAAUACAUUGUACAAUGAGACCCCAUGCAUAGGCACUGCUAUAAUAAUUAAUAAUACCCUACAGGUCACCCUAUGCAUAGGCACCACCAUAAUAAUUAAUAAUACCCUACUGGUCAGACUAAGAGAGGGCUUGCUGGAUCUGUGACCAUACAAAAACCAUGACCCAACACCAUCACACCUGACAUAAAGAGGCUGUAGCUGCAUGCCAGCCUAACAAGCUGCAGAGGCAACUGCAGAGAGACUCACCAGCAGCCCCUGUCCUGGUUCUAGACUGUGGGACUAUGGGGAUUUCAUUUCCCCAAGCCCUCCCCAAAUUGAAUCUACCUGCUCAGGUUUGGCACUCACUUGGAACACUGAUGCUGGCUCUGUGUAUUAAUUCAGCCAUACUGCUUCUGCUCCUUAGAAACCUGCUGUCCCCUGUGCCAAUGGUUUAUAUGAACCCCUUCACUUGACAAGGCUACCAUUAGACUGAAGAAAACCUUGAAGAACAUAAUGUAGGAACAAUCCCGGGCCUGGCUGGAGCAGGGGUUGCAGAAUGACUGAGUGGAGUCAGGGACUGUGAUUUUAUGCAAACAAACCACACAUGGAAAUAUGAUGCACUUUAAAUAGAUUCCUACUUGCUCAGCAACCUAGUUUUAUGGAAUGAAUAUGUUAACGAAAAUAGUACCGGUAAGUCUUUAGUAUGCACUUGGCACACAUGAGUUUGUCUGAGUUCUUAUAAUUUGAGGAAGAAUGUAGGCUGCAUCAGUAUGACUUUUAUUCUAAUAGGCAAAACUGGGAAAAGCAAGGCAUUGGGAGGGGUAUGUUGAUAUUUUGUGAUCCAGAUAAUUUUUCAGUGUGUUCCUGCAUUUGCAUUUUCCUUCUACAUUCAGAGAAGAAGGAUUGAUUUCUUUUUAAUGGUUACUGUUUUAAACAGACAUGAUUUAAUAGAUAACUUGGGCCCAAUUUUUGCUUCUAUAUGAUUUGUUCCUUGUAUAGUUUGAUAGUACUCAGUGGGUGCGUCUACAUGAGAUGCUUACUGCGGGGUAGACUAAUUAGCUCUACAGUAAAUAUUGCGUGUCUACACAUGCACCCCUAUUAGGCUGGAAUAAACUAAUUAGCGCCACAGCAAGGUAAAGGUAGUACUGGUAAAUACAAGUACUAUCUUCCUGCGGAGUUUUUUACUCCACAGCAGCACAUGUGUAGACACUGCUUUGGUUGGCUGGGGCAUGCCUGCUAGACCUGCAUUGAAGCAUGCUUGUGCCCCAGCCAGCCCUUCCACAGCACGCUGAGCCGGGGAAGCGGCCCCAGCCUGGCAGGCUGACCCCAGGGGCCCUCUGCCACCCGGGGCUGCUCCGACCUGGCUUAACGUGCUGCGGUCCCAGGCGCACGUGCAAACAGUGCACUCAGGAGCAAUAAACUCUGCCGUGAUAAGCACCAGAGCUCAUUGCUUCCAGUUAAUUGCAGGUGUAGAUGCAUCCAGUGACUAAUUACAGGGGAGCUAAAUCAUUAAGUACAACCGAUUCCUUCAUAUCUUGCUUAAUCAGGGAAUCUUUCAUAAAGAAAUGAGACAAGUUCACUUAAUACAAGCAUUUAUGCACUAUUUAAGGUUCAGUUUUGUUGGACAAAACAAAUGUUUCCUGUGUGUAUAUUUUAAAAUUCUGAUACUUCAAACUAGUUUUUGCACUGAAUCUUUCUUUAAGCUUCUUGAACAGAUUAAAUAAAGCAUAUGGAAUUUUCAA